AUGUUCUACGUAUUCGAUUUAACAUCAAAUGAAACUAUAGCAACAGACACCCUGCAAGCGCAUGAAUUACAACCUACCACCACACCUUCAAAUCAACAACACAUCAAAUUAAGAACAAUUCUAAACACACUGAAGAGAAGUAGAACUGGAUGCCUUCAAUGUCGAGCACGAAAGAAAAAAUGCAAUGAAGAGCACCCCGUUUGUGGUUCAUGCAAACGCCGCAAAGUUAAUUGUAGUUGGAGAGUUACGUCUAAGUUUAAGAUUCUCAAAAAUGGACACCAAGAAAAUUCUACUUCAUCGGAGGAAAUACAAGAGUCAAAUUAUACAAGAGUCGAUAACCAAUCAACAAAUGAUGACCCACCGGAUCAAAACAUUCUAAGAGGAUCAGACAAGGCUCUACACCAAAAAUCAGAUAACACUGAUAUCAUAAGCUUGGAUAAAAACUUAUCCAGUAUUUCCCCCAAAUACUUGUCAGAACCUGGAUAUGACUUUCUGGAUUUGAGUUUCUUAGAACAUUGCAUCCCGUCGCCAAUUAAUUCACAUAUUUUCCAACCUUUUAAAUAUUUGAACGUACAAGGAUUAUACUUUCUUGAUGGGUUUAUUGCCAACGUCGCCAAAAAGUUUUCCAUUGGACACGAGUCAUCGAAUUACAUAUUGAAAACAUUUUACCAACUAAGUGAGGAACACGAAGCAGUUUCCUACGCGUUAGCAGCAUGGGGUGGUAUAUUUAUCGAAGGAGGAUUCACGGAAAAUGUCAAUCAUUUUCUUGGAGAAGCCAUCUUCAAAAUGUCUCAAGAAUAUCCCAAUUUGAAUAAUAUAUCGAAAAAAGAUGUUUAUAUUCUACUCAAUUACUAUUUGGUUUACAUUGGAUUGCAAGUUUGUGCUGGUGAUGUUUCUCAAUGGCAUCAAAUAUUCCAUAGAACAAUUGAUUUAGUAAAAAGACAAGGAGGUUUGAGCAGUAUAAUUGAAAUGUUUGAUUGCUCCAAUGAAAUUAAAUGGCUUCUUUCUGAUAUCCAGUACCAUGACAUAUUAUCCCUGAAUACUUUCCAAAAAGGUACUAUGUUGCCAAUGGAAGAAUACAAUUCAGUUUUCAAAGAGGCAAAAAUCUUGGAGUUAGGGAAUUAUGGGUUAGAUCCGUUCCAAGGAUGUAUACAACCAAUCUAUUUGGUGUUGGGUGAAAUCACGUCACUGGCAGUAGACUUGAGACUUCGACAACAUGAAAUUGAAAUCGACGGAGAUAUUACACUGCGGUUGGAGUUUUACCACGAAGCAGAUAAAUGCUAUAGAGAUUUGAGUUACAAAAUAAGUAACUGCAUACCCAAUAUAGAACAGAUGAAGUUAAUUAAAGACGAUAGAUAUGAGCUAGAGUUGCAUCUAACGUUGUUUGAAGUGUAUCUGCUUACAUGCCAGUUGUGUCUAAACUAUCUUAUCAAGAAGUUACCUGCCAAUACUUUAGAUAUGCAAUUGUUGGUGCUAAAUUGUUUAGCUCUGAUUGAUAUUUUGAUCGACACAAAAAUGAAAAGCGCAUUAUCGUUUCUGUUAUUGGUGUGUGGGAUUACCUGUUGUUCCAAAAAUGACAGGUCUAGUAUGUUGAAUAGAUUUAAAAUAGUUAGUGAUGAUUACAAGGCAGGUAAUGUAACACUAAUAAAGAGUAUUGUUGAAAAAGUUUGGGAAAGAAAUCAAAAUGGUCAAUUGUGUGUCGAUUGGUUGACCAUAUGUCAAGAAAACAAUUGGAACAUCUCAUUUUGCUAA